AUGAUCGGUAAAUCUCCAUACAACCCUUGCUUAUCUAUAAUAUAAGGUUUCCAAUUCGUCGACGGAUUUCAACAAAGACAAAACACGCUCGAUAUCCGAAUGCAAUUCUAAUGUCAAAGAUGCCAGACGCGUAAAAAUUUCAAAGUUGUUGUCGUCGUGAUAAUAACGAGAAAAGUAUGAAAUUUGGCGCAUCUUCGGUGAUGCGUUCGUCAAAAUGUUAAUAAAGAAAGGUUGCAACCUCCUUGCAACCUUGGACAUAAUAUCUAUGUCGAUAGCUCGUUGAACAUUAAGUAACCUUUAUAAAUCUCAUUCCCAAUGAUGCGCUAUUAAAAUUGAAAAGUCACGCCGGCUAAUUAAUUCGCACCGAGUAAAAAGAAAAAGGAAAUAAGAAGGAAAGAAUUUCAAAGAAAAAAAGAAAAAUCGCAAAUUACGAUGUUUCGACGGUCGAUUAACCGAAUCGUCGAAUGAUCGGAUGAUGGACCUUAAAGUGCCGCGUUUUAACGCGAUCAGCAAAAAAUCAAAAGCGUCAUCCGCGAAUAAUAAAAACUCAACUCCGACAUCGUCGUCUUCGUUCAAAUCCAAAGGGUUGAUAUUGAAAAGCAAUGGUAGAACGGCGAUCGAAAAGUCUAAGAAGGUGGUGUCGGGUAAUAAGGAGUCGCGAUCGAGCAAGUCAAAGAACUCGAAAAAAUUGAACGACAGGACGUGUUACGAAAAGCGUAUUACGACGACCGUCGAGAAUUCGUCGCAAAAAGUCUUCCAAGAGGAGGAUAAUAACUUAAGAACGAAGAAGAAUUUGAUUCCUAAUAUAACACCAAAGACUUUCUAUCGAAAUAUCAAUGUCGGGGAAUCGUCGACGAUAAGAAAGAAGCCGACGGCAAAGGAACUCGACAAAUCGGACAAGCUCAUCGGUCAGGAAGCGAGUUCCAAAUCAAUGAGACAAUUGUUUAGCAUAGCCGAUUCUUGGAGUAGCGAUUCCGUAAUUAGUCAUUCGGAUAGUUGCACGUGUUGUCACAAUGAGGAAUCCUCUCCCGUUCGCGAAACGAACGGCGGUAUCGCGGAUAAAGGAUAAUUAAUAUGAUUCUUUCUUAAACGAUAGAUUCGUUUAAGUUCAUAAAGUGAAAACUUGUUUUAUUUUUGUCCGUUCCUGAUUUGCCUC